GCCACACCCAGACCUGCCUAUAAAGUACCACUCUAAAGAUGGGGAGAUGCACAACAGAGCUCAACCGCCUCCUGACCUCUUCAUCCAUUCCUGCAGUGAGAUCUCCACGCAGCACGACCAUGAGUCUGAGAAGCAAGCGCAGCAGCAGGCCAGGACUGCGCAUGUCGGCAGGGGGCUUCACUAGCAUGUCCAUGGGAUCCUACUCCAUCCCCAGGAUGAGCACUGGGUCUUUCCAAGCGGCCCCGAUUACAGCAGUGACCAUCAACAAGAGCUUGCUCACCCCACUGAACGUAGACAUUGACCCCACCGUCCAUGCUGUUCGUAACCAGGAGAAAGAGCAGAUCAAGAGUCUCAACAACCGUUUUGUAUCAUUCAUUGAUAAGGUAAGAUUCCUGGAGCAGCAGAACAAAAUGCUGGAAACCAAGUGGAAGCUGCUGGAGGGACAGACCGCCGCCUCCUCCAACAUUGAGCCCAUGCUGAAGACAUACAUCGCCAGCCUGCAAAGACAGCUGGAGUCUCUGGACAAUGACAGACACAGACUGGAUGUGGAGAAUGAUGCCAUGCACAAAAAUGUACAAGAGUACAAGACAAAGUAUGAGCAUGAGAUCAUCAAGAGGAAUGAAGUAGAGAACGAGUUUGUUGUGCUCAAGAAGGAUGUGGACGCAGGCUAUCUUUCCAGGAUGGAUCUGGAGGACAAGGUGUCGUCCAUCGGUGAUGAAUUCAACUUCCUCAAGGCUCUGUACAAUUUGGAGCUGUGUGAGCUGCAGGACAGCCUGAAGGAGACCUCUGUGGUGGUGCAGAUGGACAACUCCCGUGGCCUGAACAUGGAUCGGAUCGUGUCUGAGGUUAAGGCUCAGUAUGAGGACAUUGCCGCCCGUAGCCGUGAAGAAGCUGAAUGCUGGCACAGGAAGAAGUUUGACCAGAUGACUGCUCAGGCAGACCAGUAUGGCAGUGAGCUGCGCAACACCAAGGGGGAAAUUUCUGAGCUCAAACGAAUGAUCAGCCGCCUGCAGAAUGAGAUUCAGGCUGCAGUGACACAGCGUACCAGCCUUGAGGCCCAGGUACUGGAAGCGGAGCAGCGUGGGGAGGGGGCCGUGCAGGAUGCCAAGGCUCGCAUCAGGGACCUGGAGCUGGCUCUGCAGAGGGCCAAGCAAGACAUGGCUCACCAGCUCAGAGAGUACCAGGAGCUGAUGAAUGUCAAGCUGGCCCUGGACAUCGAGAUCUCCACCUACAGGAAGCUGCUGGAAGGAGAGGAGGAGAGACUUGGACGGGACUCUAUUGUCAAUAUCCAAGAAGUGCCCACCAAAGCCGUCCCUGUUAACAAACAGCCCCAGCGAAAGUCAGGUGCAAUUCUCAUCAAAACUGUGGAGACCCAAGACAGAUUAUACAGCUAAGCCCGGAAAACACACUGCAGCACUGUGACGUGCAGGAUCACUACGGCCAUUUAACUCAGUCCUUUACAUGAAUGUCUUUGUAAUCUGUCAUUUGUUUAUUUCCCUUCUCCUUGUGUUUGAUGUCACAUUAAUUGCCACCUUCUGUGUUUAAAAUAAAGGUGUACUCAGCUGCCCGA